UAGUGAUAACAUAUGGAAAGGAAGAGGCGUGUUUAGAAGAGAUAACUGUCAUUGUUUUUUUGGAUCGUUUUGGACAAACACAAGCGAGAGAUUAACCCCAAAUCAAUCCCCGAUCUCCAACCCACCACACACAUAAACAUACUCUAGAUUUGGACGAUACUAACUGAAACGCCAAAUCUCUUCAAUGCCGACCGAUCAAGCAGAGCUCAAUUCCGAACAGGUUUUGAGAAGGGAUAUCCCAUGGGAGACCUACAUGACAACAAAGCUUAUCACAGGAACAUCCCUUCAGCUUUUAAGGCGCUAUGACAAAAAGUCAGAACUUGAUAGGGCACAACUGCUUGAAAAUGAUGGUCCUUCUUAUAUUCAUGUUUUUAUUAGCAUCUUGCGCGACAUACAGAAAGAGGAUACAGUUGAAUAUGUGUUGGCUUUAAUCGAUGACAUGCUUACAGCAAACCCUAAAAGGUCAAAGUUGUUUCAUGACAAGACUCUCGCAGAUGAAGAUAUUUAUGAACCAUUCCUGAGAUUGUUAUGGAAAGGUAGCUGGUUUAUACAAGAGAAGAGCUCCAAGAUACUCACUUCUGUAGUGAGUGCUAGGCCAAAGCAGAAUGGUCCGAAUUCAAAUGGAAAAGCCACGGAUUCAAAGAAGAAAAUCACUGCAAGUGAUGAUGUUUUGAAAGGAUUGGUGGAAUGGCUUUGUAUUCAGCUGAAGAAGCCUUCACAUCCUACACGUAGCAUUCCAGCUUCAGUCAACUGCUUAGCAACUUUGUUGAAGGAGCCUGUUGUCAGGUCUUCAUUUGUUCAAGCAGAUGGAGUCAAACUUCUUGUCCCACUAAUUUCUCCAGCAUCCACUCAACAGUCAAUUCAGCUUCUGUAUGAAACAUGUCUGUGUGUUUGGCUUUUGUCUUACUAUGAACCUGCAAUUGAAUACUUGGCUACAUCCAGAGCUCUUCCAAGAUUGUUGGAAGUGGCCAAAGGUUCAACCAAAGAAAAGGUUGUGAGGUUGAUAGUGUUGACUUUCAAGAACUUGCUGUCAAAAGGAAGCUUUGGAGCUCAAAUGGUGGAUCUUGGACUUCCACAAAUUGUUCAAAGUUUGAAAGCUCAAGCAUGGAGUGAUGAGGAUCUGUUGGAGGCUUUAAAUAAUCUGGAAGAAGGUCUGAAAGACAACAUAAAGAAAUUAAGUUCUUUCGAUAAGUAUAAACAAGAAGUCCUUCUGGGUCACCUCGACUGGUCUCCAAUGCACAAAGAUCCUCAUUUCUGGCGCGACAAUAUCACAAACUUUGAAGAAAAUGAUUUCCAGACUCUUCGUGUGCUGUUGACUAUUCUGGAAACAUCGGGGGACCCACGGGCGCUUGCGGUUGCGUGUUAUGACCUGUCGCAGUUUAUUCAAUACCAUCCAGCUGGACGUGUGAUUGUGACUGAUCUGAAAGCGAAAGAGAGAGUGAUGAAGCUGAUGAACCAUGAGAAUGCUGAGGUCACCAAAAACGCAUUGCUUUGUAUUCAGAGGCUGUUUUUGGGAGCAAAAUAUGCAAGCUUUUUGCAAGUUUAAUCAUCAUCAUCAUCCAUCCAAUAUGGUGAGUGUUUUUUGUUUUUGUUUUGGAAUAAAAUGUAUUUUUUAAUGGAAUAAAAUGGAAGUUGAGGGGUAUGGUAUAUUACUAUUUACUAUAAAUUACUAUUUGUCGUAUUUAUUUGUUGUAAAUUCAACCCAACCCAUUUUGUUAUGUUUUUGUUUGUUUCCUGA